CUCAUCGUGUUUUGUUAGCGGUCUGUUAGUUAGUUAGUUAGUUUUGUCCGUACCGGAUUAAGUAACACGUCGUGCUUAGUAUCGGGAAUAUCUGUUUACUUCCGGAUGGUGCUGCAGUAACUUCGAACCAUUUUGAAGGAUCAAUGAAUCGACAAGAUGCCGAUCCGAGCAGUGUGUACGAUUUGCUCCGACUUCUUCGAUCACUCCAGUGACGUCGCUGCAAUCCACUGCGGACACACUUUCCACUAUGGAUGUCUCCUUCAGUGGUUUCAGUCAGCCCCGACUAAAACCUGUCCGCAGUGCAGGAAACAGGUCAGCACUCGGCACAUCAUCAACAAGUUGUUCUUUGACAUUAAUGAGGAGGCGGAUCGGGCAGCAGUGGACCCUGAGAGUUUGCAGAAUGAGCUUGACCGAAUAAAGGCCCUUUUGAGCUCUAAAGAGCGAGACUGGCGGGAGAAACAGAAGGCAGCAGACAGUUUAAAAGACACUGUGGAGAAGCAGAGAAGAGAUAUGGACAGUAUGCGGAAAGAGAUUAUGGAAAAGGAGAUGCUGUGUUCUGCCCUCAGAAAACAGAUGAUAUUUUUGGAAACACAACAGAAUGAGGUCCAGGUUGCCAAGGAGGAAGUUCGGAAACUUAAGAGGAAAAUGAAAACAUUCGAAGGCCUGGACGUGUUGUUGCAGGGCCAGAGAGCCGAGGUGGAGUCCAUGGUCACUGAUAUGGGCGUCAGCCAGGCGGCGGUGGAGCAGCUCUCCAUCUACUGCAUCUCACUCAAAAAAGAGUACGAUAAUCUCAAAGGAAGCCUGAGGUCUUCGAAUGAGAUGUGUGAGAAGCUGAAGAGAGAAGUGCUCUCCUCAAACAACAAGCUGCAGAAAGCUACAGCGGAGGUGAAUCACACCAAAGAGGACAUGAAGGCGCUCCAGAACGACCUGGCCAGCGCCGACAAAGAGAUCUCUAGUCUGAAGAAGAAAGUGGAAUUCCUCCAGAAGACUCUGAGCACGCCGACGCGGACGAACGAAGCCCUCAGCCGGCUCAUCUUGGAAAGCCCGGCCCCGGUGGACCUGAAGCAGCCCCGCCUUCAUCACCCAACAGGCAGCGACGACAUUGACCUCAACAUGACCUUUGACAUCACGACUCCAGAUGACGUAGUGAAGAAAGCCACGCAGGUCCAGAUGAAGAAGAUGCGUUUGGAUCCUCCUGAAACUCCGUCUAAACACAAUAAAACUUUCUCGGUAAACAAGCCGAGAGAGGAAGAUUCAGCUUUGGACCCGUUCUUCAGGAACUCCCUGCUCUUCAGGAAAAAGACUUUCGGUAGCAUGCUGGAUCCUCAGAGGAAGACCGGAGCUAUCCAAACUGGCUACGAUGGAUUAGGAGGACGGACUAAAUUCUUUCAGCCUUCUCCUCUGGCUGAGAUUCGCCCACUCAUGAAAGCCAAAAGGAAAAAGGUGACGCGGCCUCCAUCCAAGACGGCCACGCCCAUGACCCUGGACGGCUUCCUCGAGUAAAGUGUCGGAGUGUCAGGUGUGUGGAGAAGCGCGUCGACGCUGCUUUUGCACAGAGAACCAGCGAUCGUGUUCGUCCGCACCGAGCCUUACUUGGAAAUCGAACUUUAAUUUAAGCGCAGUUACUGGUCUCCUGACACUUCACCUUUUUUUUUUUUUUUCUUUCGACAACACCAGUGGACUUGCUGUACGUUUAAUUUUUGUGUUGGUGUGAGCGUGUGUGUAUCAAAUGUAUGAGCUAGGCUUUCUUUUUUGUGAACCCUUCAUGUGACUUUGCAUGUACAUUGUCACCCAUUUUCACGUCAAUCCUUAUAAAAAAUCUCCUAUGAGCCUA